AUACCCCUACUUCACACAUCACUCUCCAAAAGGGGCAUCUUUUUUAGCGCCUAUUCUUAGCCCCUUCUCUUCUCUACCUCCAAACGCCGCCUACACAGAUAACACACUUGAAAGCAAGCUCCGAAGUCCAGAGAGAUGGAUGAAGAUAGAAUAGAGCUGGUGUUGGCUAGAAUAUCAGAGUUGAGGUCCAAGAUCACUAAUUGCAUUGCCACAGGUAGAUUGGAAGGGAAAGAAUUGGGGAAAGAAAGCUCCGAUGUAGACCAGGAGGCAGAGCUCGAUUCCGAUGAAGCAACGGAUUGCCUUUUGAACAUCCGAGAAGCUCUUGAAAAACUCGAACUCCAAGUCUCGUCUUUGCAGGCAUUGCAACAUCAACAGUUAUAUGAGAAAGAAGAAGCCUUGGCUGGGAUAGUCUACUCCCAGGAGAAGUUGCUGCAUAAGCUCAAGGAGUACAAAGGCGAGAACUUGGAUGUUAUACGCGAGGCAAUUGCAUUUGUUGGUGAAACAGUGGAAGAAAACAACGAUCUCCUGCUCCCACCAUACCCAAGCCGGCCAUCUUUCUCCCUAGUAUCCACCAAGCCCCACAUUUCACAUUUCCAGUCCUCACACCUACCUUCUCAAAACGGGGUGAUAAAUGGCAGCCAAAGAAACGGAUUGACAAAAGAUCUCAUCAGACCAAACCAAACAGAGGCUAAAACUCCGUUGAAAAUGGUGAAACGUUUCAUUGGUGGAGCUGCCAAGACGGUAUUGACUGUUUUGGGGGUAAUAUCGGUUUUGACACUUGCUGGUUUUGAGCCUAGUCUUAAGAAAAGGGAUAACCACAUCAAGUUUAUCAACCUAUUUCAACUGCCUGGGGUUGAUGAGAAGGAAAGAAAGAUUGAAUGUCCUCCUGGAAAGGUACCAGUGGUUGAAAAUGGCGAAAUUCGAUGCGUCGUAAGGGAAAGAGUUGAAGUUCCAUUUGAGUCUGUUGUUGCAACACCAGAUGUAAGUUAUGGGUGUGGGUGAAAUCCAACUUGUUUUCCAUACUUAGAGUUUGAGAGCAGAGAUUAUCAUUUUGAAGGCAUGCCUGUGCUAAUGAUGAUGUUAUCCAACCUUCCUUUGCUGUUAUCAUUUGUGAAUAUCAUCUACUUGUUGAGCUAGUAUCACAAUUUUUAAAAUUUUCCUAUUUUAUUUUAUUUUAUUUUUAAAAUUUUCAA